GCCGUCGCCACUGUCGGCCGUCCGAAAUUACCGUGCAAACUUUCAAAGUUGGCACUGCCGAAAAAAAAAAAACUUUAUUGUCCAUUACGAUUUUUGUUGUCUCGGUUCCGUCUCGUUAUUAUUUUUUUUUCAAAUUUUUUUCUCGUGCAUCCCGAUCCCCUCGUCCCGCCGCCACCGCCCACCGUACCCGGCGCCGCCGUUCCAGUCCGAACCCUCCGCGUCCCCACCCCCACCCGAUUACCCGGUACGCGCAGCGCACCGCACGCACACACGCGCGCACGCACACCAAUAUUUCGGUAAAAACGCGACGGCUCAACACCACACCGGAGUGGCGAUGCGAUGGUAUGUUUGAAUUUCGUUACGCCGCGUUUCAGUGUGAAAAUUUCUCUUUGUCCCACAGCGCUGCUUUCGCCGCUGCCGCCGCCGCCGCCGCCACCGCCGUUGAAAAACGGGACCGUCGUAGCCGACGCUUUUGUCGCCGCACACUUUAGUGGUUUUAUUUAGCUCGUCGUGUCCGCCGCGCGACGUUUCAUGUACAGACUACAAUUCUACCACAAUAAAUACAAUUAAUAAUAGUAAUAAUAAUAACAAUAAUAAUAAUUUAUUAUUUACGACACAAUAUUACGAUUGCAUUAAGAUUAAAGUACAAUAUUAUAACAUUUAGUAGGUUUUAAUUUUUAUUUUUCCCGAAUUGUUCGUGUUACCAUUGACUUUCAUUUCGCGUCGGUGCGGUUUGAUUUUUUUUUUUUUUCUUAAAAAUUAUUUUCCAAAUUUUUGCAAUUUAGCGUGGCGAACUCGUGCGUGUUUUUUGCGUGUGUGUGCGUGCGGAGCGUUUACACUACUGUCCGGCUCGAGCGCGUGUGUGUAGUGUUCGAUUGUGUGUGUAUGUGUAUGUGCGUGUGUGUGCGUGUGGUGUGCACAACAGGUCGUCUUCGCGUCGGUUCCUCUCGUCGUGGUCGCAUCGUGUUCAAGUGAACUGAAUACCGAAACCAUCACCUCACGCAGCGUUUGUUUGUUGUUUUUUUUUUUCUGGCCAGGCGUUAUCGUCUGGUCGUUGCCGCAAGUUGUGUACGAUUACGACGAGACCCGCUCGGGCCGUCGCCAUGGAUCACCAGCAGCAGCAGCAGCAACAGUUCUGCCUGCGGUGGAACAACCAUCAGAACACUUUGAUCUCGGUAUUCGACAGCUUGCUGGAGAGCGGAUCGCUGGUGGAUUGCGCCCUGGCCGCUGAGGGACAGUAUAUGAACGCGCACAAAGUCGUCCUGUCCGCCUGCAGCCCUUAUUUCGCGAUGCUAUUAAAUCAACAUUUUGACAAAUAUCCGGUGCUUAUACUUAAAGAUGUAACAUAUCAAGAACUGCGGUCUAUGAUGGAUUAUAUGUAUCGCGGUGAAGUGAAUAUUACUCAAGAACAACUUGGAUCAUUCCUGAAAGCAGCAGAAUCACUGCAAAUUAAAGGACUUUCUGAAAGUAGUGGUCGAUCUGAUCGAAAAUUAGAUACUCGAAAAAAUUCAACUAGAAAUAUUUCACCAGGACUGCCAAAAAAGUCUGUUACUCCUAAAGUUUCUGAUGGCGCUUUUGAUCCAUCCAUGACCGUUCCACCUCUACCACCACAAACCAUUGUACCUACUAUACCAAAUACUAAAAGACGUAAAUUAGUACAACCAGUGAAAAACUUUAGUAGUCUUGUGGUAUCACCAGUUAAUCCAAGUCGUACUAAUGCUAAUAAUUUAGAUGUAAAUAAUACACCAAAUCCCACUGCACCCAGUUUAGCUGGUGAGGGUAAGGCAAAUAUACCAUCUCCUCCAAUCAUUCCUAAACCUGUGGUAGAAUCUGCAAGUGUUAAAUCCGAAGAGGAGACACCUGAUGUAAAUGGUGUAUUAAUUGAAGAUAAAGAAGAUAAUAAAUUUUGGCCUUCUAGCGGUUCAAUAAAUGAGAUAAAACUUGAAAAAACAGAUACAGAAGAAGAUGCUAGUGAGAGUGAUAAUAAUGCCCAUAGUGAUGUAUGUACAACAAGCACAACUGUUUCCACCAUUACAACAUCACAAAUUAAUAUGACCAAUUUCCGUCCUGAAGAAGGUAUGGAACUUACUGAAUAUGGAGGUAUGAAUAUACCACCAAAUAUGCAGGAUCAAGCAUUUCCCUUAGGUUCUUUAUGGUGGAAAAACUUUGAACAAAACUCCAAAUAUGUGCGCACAACUCAAGCAAAUCCAUUCAGUUGUCAGCAUUGUGGCAAGAGAUACCGAUGGAAGAGUACACUGAAACGUCAUGAAGUAUUUGAAUGUGGAGGUAAAGAGCCAGUUCAUCGUUGUCCUCAUUGUGAAUAUCGGGCUAAACAAAGUGGUAAUUUAAGGGUGCACAUACGCAAGUAUCACACAGCGUUAGAGUAAGUUCCUAGAUGCGUCACAACAUCCAUUUUAAAAGUUGGAGUAGUUAAAGCUCUAACUUUUUAUUUUUAAUUUUUUUAUUAUUAUUACUUUUAAAAUAAACUUCAUAUUUGCUCAUUGUUGUGAUUUCAUGGAAACUUCAUCAAUCAGGGUUCAGUAUUAGCUUUUUCAAAUUAUUGAAUAAAAUGAAACAUUUUCCUAACUUGUUUGAACAAAUAAUUUUAAGGCUCAAUAUCAAUCCGAGUUGAUUAUUUUGAUUUUAUUGUAAAAUGUUCUUAAUACAUUUAUUAACUUAAUAUUGUUUCCUAAACGUUGGAAUUUAAUGUAUAUUUUUAAUAUUGUCCUCAUUAUAUGACCAAACAAAACAUCUGGUGUUCUAUGUUAUUUGCAUGUGUCUUAUAUUUAGGAAUUUUUUUAUUUAUGUAAUUGUAGGACAGUGUGCGUAUUAUUUGAUAUUAUAAUUAAUAUUAUGUAUGCAGUAUUUAAGAAUUAACCGCGACACUUGUUCCUAAAAUAUAUGAAAUUACACAGACGUAUAAUUUAGAUGUAAAUUAAGUAUAAGUUUUUUAGUAUUAACUAGUUUUUAAGUGUUAGUACUUAAGUGAAUUAAUAAUUAGUAAGUACGAAUUUCAAAGCUCAUGAAUUGUUUAACUCUAUGUGAUAAAAUAUUGUUUUUUCUUUUUUUUUUAUCAAUGUUUUAUUAUUAUUAUUUUUUUUUUUUACGGGUAUACCUCACUAUGAGCUUCCAAAGUGCCUUAUAUAUACACAUGUGAUUUUUGAAUUUUACUUAAACUACAGUUUCAGAUAAUAUUUUUAAAUCUAAAAUAAUAUGUACAACUAGUGUCUUCCAAAUGUUUGUUGUAUUUUCAGAUUUACAUGUUUUUGAUUUUUAUUUAUGUGUGCUUUGUUAUAUGUUAGGUUUGUAUUUUUAUAUGAUGGACAAAACUGAUAUUGUCUAUAGAUUACCAUUGUAAUAUGUCGGAUUAAAAUUGAACAAAUUCUACUCUAAUGAGCAAAUGUUAAAGAUAGUACAAUUGAGUAUUAGGGUAGGAACAAUAUUAUAUGAAUUUGCUCAUGCAGACAAAUGUUAGGAUUUAAAAAAAAUAUAUAUUGACUGUUUAUUUACUACGGGUUUUCAACUAAUGCACUCUAUAGUUUAAAUAACAUAACAAAAACAAAAUACAUACUACUAUUUUUCCAUGACAAUAAUUAUUUAUGUUAUAUAAUAUAUAUUUAAAUAUAUAUUCCAUCUGACUGAAUUAGAUCGAUCUGACUAUUUACAAUGUUUAUUAUUGUAUUUUUGUGUUAAUAAUGGGCAUUUUCCUUGAUUUAUAAUAUU